AUGACAAUUCUCACGAAGAACAAGUCUGCUGCGGAAGGUGAAGCACAACCGAUCCCGAAAAGCAGUUCGCUGUAUCAACUAGUACCGGCGUUGGACGAAGACGGAGUAAUGCGACAGAGCGGACGCAUCGGAGCAGCAAAACAUGCAUCGUACAAUCUGCGGCAUCCAGUGAUUCUUCCCCGGAAGAGUGAAGUGACUACGCUCGUGGUGGAUGAGUACCACCGGAAGUAUAAACAUGCCAACCCGGAAACUGUAGUCAAUGAAAUCCGUCAGCAUUUUGAAAUCCCUCGAUUGCGAACAGUGGUGCGAAGGUGCAGCCGUGAGUGUAGGUACUGCAUACUUCGCCGAGCGCGGCCGUACAUCCCUCCGAUGGCUCCACUUCCAUCGGCCCGUCUUGCAGCCUGCAGCCGUCCAUUUAGUUUCGUCGGAUUGGAUUAUUUCGGUCCGUUGUUGGUGAAGCAAGGAAGAGCGAGCGUGAAGAGGUGGAUCGCACUUUUCACUUGUCUCACCGUGCGCGCGGUCCAUCUGGAAGUUGUGCACAGCCUGACGACUUCAUCAUGCGUUUCCGCCGUCCGAAGGUUCAUCGGCCGUCGCGGAGCACCAGUAGAAUUCUACAGCGAUAACGGGACCAAUUUUCAAGGCGCCGAACGACUUCUGCGGGAACAAAUUGAGCAGGGACUAUCCGCCACCUUCACCAGCUCGAAGUGCAAAUGGCUCUUCAUUCCGCCAGGUGCUCCACACAUGGGCGGUGCCUGGGAAAGGAUGGUCCAGUCAGUGAAAGCCGCGAUGGGUGAAGCUUACGGGGAUGGGAAACUUGACGAGGAAGGACUUGGGACUUUGGUUGUGGAGGCUGAGAGCGUAGUCAAUGCUAGGCCUUUGACGUAUCUGCCGUUAGACUCGGAGGAAUCUGAGGCACUAACACCGAACCAUUUCUUGCUCGGGAGUUCGAGCGGUAUCAAGGAACCGGGCCGGGACAUUCGCUACCAGCAGCGGAACCUUCAGAAGACGUGGGUAGAGAUACAACAGCAACUGGACAUCUUCUGGAAACGGUGGCUUAAAGAAUAUCUGCCAGUUAUUCGCCGGCAACCGAAGUGGUUCGAAGAAGCUGCGAGAGAGAUCAAGGAUGGUGACUUGGUUCUCAUUACCGAUGACGGCAGACGAAGCGAGUGGACCAGAGGACGUGUGGAGCAAGCUAUUAGAGGACCUGAUGGAAGAGUGCGUCAAGCUAUCGUGCGGACUAAGGGAGGUAGUGUACGAAGACCGGUUACCAAGAUCGCCUUGCUGAAUGUUGGAGAAACCCGUGCAGUCUUGGCCGAUGGCAAGAUGCACCCGGCGGAGGAUGUUGCCGCAAGUCUACCAAUUUACCACAGGGGUGGUGAAUCUGGUAACCCGGUCGCUGAAGGCGACGCGUCCAACAGAAACGUCACCCGCUGUCACCGAUGA